AUGUCUUUUGUUAGUUUAUGUGUUACCUUAAGCCUUGUUUUUGGGUUCCUUAUACUUUUGAUAUUUGCACAAAUUUUCUAUUUUUUAUGGUGGAAAAAGAGAAGAACACACAUAGAUAUUGAAAUGGAACAAGGUGGUUUCACAAAAGGGGUGUUUUAUUGGGGGUGUUGGAAGAGAACACCAUGUUCUUUAGAUGUUACAAACCUUAAUAGAGACAUAGAAACCUCAAAUCAUGAACAGGACAUAGAAUUGGGUGUUGAAGGCAAAGAUUUGCUUUUGAAACCCUCUGGUGAGGAAAGUUUGGAGCUGGAAUUGAUGAGGUUGCAUAAUCUCCCUGGCCCACCAAGAUUUCUCUUCACAAUCACAGAAGAAACAAAGGAGGAUUUGGAAUCUGAAGAUGGGAAAUCGAAAUGUGGAAGAAGCCGAAAAGGGUCAAGAACAAAGAGUUUGAGUGAUUUUAUUGAAACCCCUUUUGGUUUAUCUCCUUUGAAGUGUUCUGUUGAUUCUGUUGAUUCUUAUAAGCAUCAAGGGUUUAAUAAUCCUCUUUUUGAAGCUAGUGGUGAAUCCGAGUUCAACCGGUUUAGAUCUUCGCCGCCUCCCAAGUUCAAGUUUUUGAGAGAUGCGGAAGAGAAGUUGUAUAGAAGAUUGAUGGAAGAAUCUAGAAGAAAGGAAGUUGAAGAGACAUAUGAAUAUGAGGUUGAGAAUUCACCUAAAAGAGAAACAGAAUGCAAACAGAUUCAGCAAUGUGUUCCACAGGGUUCUUCUCAGGUUCUUCCUUUGACAUCUUCUCCUACAAUGUUCAAAUCACUUCAAAAUUCAGUGCAUUAG